AUGCGUCUGCCGUCUAUUCAAAGCAUAGGGUCCGUCGCCCUCACUCUGCUCGCCACAUUCGACGUUGUAUACGGUGCCGGUGCCAGUACCUAUGAUGUCUCCAAGCCGAAGGACCCAAAGGGAACGCUAAAAGUGGCUUUGGAUUACUCUCUUGCAACAAGCUGGCCGGAACCUUAUGAUGCCAGCUAUAAGGGCCCGCGUCCAUGGACUUGGAGCAGUCAUAUCGUUUUCAAGGACCCCGUUGAAAAGGGCAUCACCGAUGGGCAGCUCUGGCAGAUUGCCCGCGACGCGGCGGACGAGAUGAGCGUCGAUAGAGAACAGUAUGGCAUUGGACCCCGCGCAGAGCCCACUGCUAUGGGCGUUCUCGCUUGGGGAGAUGAAAUCAUCAUCUCGUCCUCCGUUAAGGGUGCCGGGUCAUUCUCUUACCAGUUCGAAGGCGGCAAUCCCGAGGUCCUCAAAAGCUUGAAAGAAUGUCAAAUUAUUUGGAGGGAUACCAGUUUACCCGAUAAGAACAAGGAGCACGAGCACAAGAACAAGGGUAAUUGUGCGGAGCCGAUGGCAGCCCACCUAUACUAUAGGAAUAAUGGGAAAGAUUUGCCAGCACAGAAUGCAAGAAUUGGGACAUGGGUCAGGGUCGGUGGAACCUGGCAACAAAUUGAUCCUUGUGGAACUGGCGAGGAUGACUUUUGGGGCUGCAACCUCUUCACUCAGAAUCAGAAAAUGAGAGUCUUGAAGAAUGACAUAAAGCCAGAGGCCUAUAAGCUAUCCGAUAUUGCGGGUGGCCCAGUCAAGCAGGAGCAGAUUCAAUUAUGCGGUUCGAACAGAGAGUUCUGA